AUGGAGUCUGGUUCAAAGGCGUCAAGCGUGAGAUCCAUCUUUGGCAUCAAGAAGAACGUUAGAAAAAAGAGAUCAAAAACACUCAGCAUACAAAACCUAGACCUUACUCAGGUCUUUGAUCCUCCAGCCCCACCAGAAGAAGAGCCCAGGCCCCCGCGGCAGGAACGAUGGGCUCACAGAGGGGAUGGCCCCUUACUUGAUCCCAGUGCCCUUCCCAAAGGAUGGAACAUGGAUGAGCCUGAUCUUGAUCCAGAUGAUAUCGACGCCCAGAUUGCCAGAUGCGAGGAGAGGAUAGAGGACAAUAUUAUGACGUUUGCAUUCGAAGAAAAACUUAAAGACUAUACGCUACGCAAGCAAUAUAUAGAGUACAUAGCCCUUGUACUCUUCGGAAAUGUGGAUUGGCUAAUAUGUGAUAGAGAAAUCGCCCAGGACGAGCCAGAAGGCCUCGGCGUUAAUCUUCUUUUUCGAAUCAAAUGCUUGAAAGGCAUAUUUCAGAAUUUAGUGAAGAAUGGUGACCCUUACAAACAGAUUCGGAAUAUCAGAGCGAUUUUGAAGGCCUAUAGGGAAGGCAAUUUGGAUCUGAAUGGCCUGAUUACUUAUUGGUCUCAUGGCGAUCGGCUCUGCCAGCCCAGACCAUUCAACUGGGAGGAGUUCGAUGCCAUUAAUGACGCGCAUGAGGGCCAUGUGGGGUUUUGGGUUGAAGGGUAUAAUAUGGCAUUUCGAGUCCCUAACUACCCCUGGUGGACAGAGCUAGAAAUGCUCUACGACACUGGCUCACAAGCAACGAUCAUAUUCGAAGGCGACGUGCGAAGAAUCAUGGGCCCCUUUGGCCCACCCGACCAAGCACCUAUCAAAAUCAUCGCAACGCAGCAGUUAGCUGGGCUCGGCGGAGAUAUAACCUGUCAAAUGAUUGCACUUGAAGUUACUGUACUCGACGCGAAGAGAAACCGGCUAACGCCGUGGGUCAGAGUUCCAGUGGGUCUACAACCGGGCAACUAUAACCCGGCCAAGCAUCAAAUCAGAUGUGAUGGCCCAUUUUUAUCGAGGUAUCUAUAUACUGCAUCGGCACCAAAUGAGGCUGGAAAGAUGCACAUUGGUACCAAUCCAGCUUCUUUGAGGUUGCCCUGGAUGGAGUCUCGUAAUGCAGCAGGUUUCAAGCUCUCGCCAGAGCAGAACCUGGGCAAUCUAAAACAGAAAGCUCGUAAUCCCCGUAAACUGCCACAGCCAAUGGCUAUGCCAAAUCCUGGGUUUAGAGUGAAAGAUUGA